CUGGUUUGCAAGUUCGCGUGGAUUUCCAAGCGGGAUCUUCUUGUCUGCAUUCUGGUGCUCGGCGUUCAUUUUUUUGCCGCAUGAAGUACACAAAAAACACAGUCAAGGAAGAGAAGGAGUCCUUGUCGAACUCAAAAAAGAAAGAUCAUAAAAAGUACUGUACCAUUCAUUGCACUGGUUAUCUGAAAAGCUGGCCCACAAAUGAGGUGGGAAUUGAAGAAGAUACGGAAAAAGAGAGCGGCAAUUUUAAUUGUCUUGUGGCAAUCGGCCGAUUGCACCCUUACACCAUUCCACAAAAAAACAUUGAGAUUAAAGUCAAGCCAGCAGAAUUUGUUACCCGCUUUGCCAUGGAUGGAAAAUUUGUGUUUGUUGAUCAACGAGCAACAGCAAUUUUAGGCUAUUUACCCCAAGAACUGUUAGGAACAUCUUGUUAUGAAUAUUUCCACCAGGAUGACUACAAUCAUCUAACUGAAAAACACAAAACAGUGUUACAGAGCAAAGAAAAAAUAUUUACCAAUUUCUACAAAUUCAAAGCGAAAAGCGGCUCUUUUGUCACCUUAAAAAGUCAGUGGUUUAGCUUCAUCAAUCCAUGGACCAAAGAACUGGAAUACAUUGUGUCGAUCAAUACCGUUGUUUUAGGUCACAACGAAUUGGGUGAAGAAACCCAACCAGCCUGUGGUUCCCUGUCUCCAGAAGAUACCCCAAAGCCACAAUUUCUUGAUGUACCAGGAAUGUCUACAGGGACCAUCCUCGGAGCUGGUAGCAUAGGAACCAAAAUUGCAAAUGAAGUGUUAGAUCUCCAAAGAUUACACGCAUCGCCUCUUGGUGAGUUAAGCCCAACUGAUCUUACGAGGAAGACUUCUCCUGUCCUAGAUGUUAGUCGUGAUGAUGCUCCAAAUAAAGAGCUUACAGAGUGUUGUCCUCCAGGGAUAGAAGAUUUAGAGACUCCAGGGCAAAAUCAAGAUGUGAUUUCAUUCUCCAACAAUGAGCCUCUUCUCCGUGGCCCUUCUCAGUUAGAUUUUGAAAAAGAGACUGCCAUGGCUGUUCUUAUGAAUUAUUUGGAAGCCGAAGGAGGACUGGCGGAUCCCACAGAGCUCAGCGACAUGCAGUGGACUCUCUAGAU